UCUACGCACAUCUCGUCUUAAUUUCCAGACAACUCUCCUCUGUUCUCCAUUCUUCUCUCCUCCAUCUCUCUCUCUCUCUAAAAGUCCUACCACAACUCCCAGGCAAGACUAAGCCAAAACCUCGUCCACACACCCAAUCUGAUAAGCAACGUUAGAAAAACAAUUCAUAAGUUGGAAUAAGUAGAAGUAUUGUAAAAUAUAUACCAAAGCGAAGAAGAGGAAGAGGCUAUGGGGGUGGAUUAUUACAAGAUAUUGGGGGUGGAUAGGAAGGCCAAAGAUGAUGACUUGAAGAAAGCUUACAGAAAGCUUGCCAUGAAGUGGCACCCUGAUAAGAACCCCAAUAACAAGAAAGAAGCAGAAGCCAAGUUUAAGCAGAUCUCUGAAGCCUAUGAGGUUCUAAGUGAUCCGCAGAAAAAAGCAAUAUAUGACCAAUAUGGUGAAGACGGGCUAAAGGGUCAGGUGCCACCUCCACCAGAUGGCGGCGUACCAGGCGGAGCUACCUAUUUCUCAACCGGAGACGGGCCGACUACAUUUAGAUUCAAUCCUAGGAACCCAGAUGACAUAUUUACUGAGUUUUUCGGUUUUUCAAGCCCGUUUGGAGGAAUGGGUGGUGGGGGUGGUGGAGGAGGAAUGAGAGGGGAGUCCAGAUUCUCAAGUGGGUUAUUUGGUGAUGAUAUUUUUGGGUCUUUUGGAGAAAGAGGUGGAGGAUCAAUGCACAUGCACCCACCUGCUCCUCGCAAAGCCCCUCCAAUUGAGCAAACUGUGCCUUGUACCCUUGAAGAGCUUUAUAAGGGUACAACAAAGAAGAUGAAGAUCUCCAGAGAAAUUGCCGACGCAAGUGGCAAGUCCAUGCCAGUGGAGGAGAUUCUAACUAUUAACAUCAAGCCUGGCUGGAAGAAAGGCACAAAGAUCACCUUCCCGGAGAAAGGGAAUGAGCAGCCAAAUGUAGUACCUGCAGAUCUCGUCUUCGUCAUUGAUGAGAAACCUCACAGUGUGUUCACUCGUGACGGGAAUGACUUGGUUGUCACACUGAAGAUACCUCUGGCUGAAGCUUUGACAGGCUACACUGUCCAUCUCACUACCCUUGAUGGCAGGAGUUUAACGAUUCCAAUCAAUAAUGUGAUUCAUCCUAGUUACGAAGAGGUGGUUCCAAAAGAAGGGAUGCCGGUCCCAAAAGAUCCUUCAAAUAAAGGAAAUCUGAGAAUCAAAUUCAACAUCAAGUUCCCGACAAGGCUGACUACGGAGCAGAAGACCGGGAUCAAGAAAUUAUUGGCUCCCUGAGAUGAAAUUCCUGUGGUAUUUGCUCUAAAUGAAGGAAACAGUUUUGUGAACUUAAAUACUUCUUUAUGAAUGUCAUCUUCAUGCAUUAUAGAAUUUGUAACAUUUUGAUAAUUGAAGUUUGGGUAUUCAACAAAUAACUUUUGUGUCUAAUUUUGGAAGGUAGUGAUAGAUGAUGUCUUCCAACUUAUUUGUUCCAACAUGCAUGCGAUGAUGUGUGAACCGUCCGUUAUUAAUGUUUAGUCUCUCAAAUGCAUGAUUUUUAUGGUGGUUCGUCUACCAGGAACUUCCAAUUUGAACCCAGUUUGAAGGGUUAUAAUGCGUUGAUAAUUGAUUUUUUCAA